AUGUCUUCAUUAAACAUUCGAAAAGAUGUCGACGACAAGUUUUACCGCUACAAAAUGCCUGCCGUGCAAUCAAAGAUCGAAGGCAAAGGAAAUGGCAUCAAAACAGUCAUUCCAAAUAUGAUGGACAUUGCCAGAGCUCUCAAUCGCCCUGCCUCGUGGCCCACAAAAUUUUUUGGAUCUGAACUUGGAGCGCAAGUGAUCUGUGAUGAUAAGUCAAAUCGCUAUAUUGUAAAUGGAACCCAUGAGGCCAGCCGCCUGCAGGAAAUUCUCUAUCAAUUUAUCACCAAAUACGUUCUUUGUGGCAAUUGCAGCAAUCCGGAAACCGAUCUUAUCCUUGACGAUGCUUCUAUGAUCAACUCCAUUUGUAAGGCUUGCGGUGAAAAGAGGCUUGUUGACAAUCGCCACAAGAUUGCUGCUUUUAUCCAAAAGGCAGUGCCAACGUUAAAGGCCUUCAAAGCAGGCCAACAUGCUGCAGUAUCAACAGGGCCAUCUAACGCCGAAAAAGAAGACGCCGAUUCUCAGCUGGCCAAUUCCUUUGAAUCAAAUCUAAAUUUAUAUCAAAAUGGCUGCACUAACGAAAAUGAUGAGGACGAGCUUGAACGAGUGGAUCCCUAUGAGCUUUUAGGGGUAUUUGUUUCUGAAAAUCCAGACGCAACCUCAGAAGAAAUUCUUCGGAAAAUUGAUGAGCUCGAAAUCAAGCCCCACUAUUCGAUCGCCGUUCUUGUCCAGGUUGCUUUGGAAAACAUUUCAGACGACAAGGCAUUCAUGGAGCUAUUUUCAAACAAAAUCCCAAUUUGGAAAGACAUUGCCGGUGAUAAAAAGAGCCAAAAAAACAUCCUCAACAGCAUUGAACGCACACUACAUGCUUAUUCGUCACAAGAUAGCAUCCCAAGAAAGAUUCCCAUUUAUUUGCAAAAGCUUUACAAUGAAGAUGUGGUUGAAGAGGAAGUAAUCCUUGAAUGGGCUGAAAAGCCGUCAAAGACAUUUGUUCGGGACAAGGAAAAAAGCAAGGCUCUAAGAGCAUAUGCGGCUCCUUUAAUCGAGUGGCUCAAGUCUGCCGAAGAGGAGGAAUCUGCACAGGAAUAA